GUAGAUCCCAAUCUUAAUCUUGUGAAGGGACGGGGUGGUGCUCUUCUUCGAGAAAAGAUGGUUGAGGCGGCAUCCGAUAAGUUUGUCGUGGUCAUUGAUGACUCGAAGCUUGUGACCAGCUUAGGUGGAACUGGGCAGGCAGUGCCAGUGGAAAUUGUGCAGUUUUGUUGGAAAUACAAUCAGAGCAGGCUACAGGAAUUGUUUAAAGAUGAAGGAUGUGAGGCAAAGCUCAGAUUAGAUCCAGAUGGAAAACCCUUUGUUUCUGAUAAUUCGAACUACAUCGUGGAUUUGUACUUUAAGACACCAAUACAGGAUUUAAAUGCAGCAGGAAAGGAAAUGUCAGCGUUGGAGGGAGUGGUUGAGCAUGGUUUGUUUCUUGACAUGGCUGACGAGGUCAUUAUUUCUGGGAAAGAAGGUCUGAGCAUGAAGACCAAGAUCUUCAAAUGGUCUACAUUUAAUGUAAUCAACCAUCUAAGGCAACUCUCUCUAUUCUUGUCUGCAAAUGGAGACUGUAAGAAUUCUGAGUGCUGCAAGCUGCAGAAUUCGUGGCUGCCUCUUGCCGCAGGAGUGGAGGAAUGGCUGGAAAGCCGGGGAGGCCUGCUUGCUUGUAGGAAGCUACCUGUGGCUGCUCUGUUGGCUUGGAAAGGAGCAGCUGGGUCACUGGCAGACGACAAAAAGGUCGGAGGAGCACCUGGAAGCCUCCAUGGAGCUCUGAGAGAAGUCUGCAGGGCUGCUGCUUGUUGUACGAUGGAAUUUGACUGUUGUUUCUGCAGGUAG